AUGGUGCACGUUAGCUUCUACCGCAACUACGGGAAGACUUUCAAGAAGCCACGACGUCCUUAUGAGAAGGAGCGUCUGGAUGCUGAGUUGAAGCUUGUUGGAGAAUAUGGGCUUCGAUGCAAGAGGGAGUUGUGGAGAGUUCAGUAUGCUUUGAGCCGUAUCAGAAAUGCUGCUAGGGAACUUCUUACUCUGGAUGAGAAGAGUCCUCGUCGUAUCUUUGAGGGUGAGGCCCUUCUUCGCAGGAUGAACAGGUAUGGGCUUCUGGAAGAGACCCAAAACAAGCUCGAUUAUGUUUUGGCAUUGACUGUGGAGAACUUUUUGGAGCGUCGGCUUCAAACCCUUGUGUUCAAGACUGGUAUGGCUAAGUCCAUCCACCAUGCUAGGGUGCUUAUCAGGCAAAGGCACAUCAGGGUUGGAAGGCAGGUUGUCAACAUCCCAUCUUUCAUGGUGAGGGUUGACUCCCAGAAGCACAUUGACUUCUCAAUCACAAGUCCCCUCGGAGGUGGGCGCCCCGGAAGAGUGAAGAGAAGGAACCAGAAGGCAGCUGCCAAGAAGGCUGCAGGUGGUGGUGAUGGAGACGAAGAAGAUGAAGAGUGA